AAAUCAUUCAAAGCCAUGGCCACUUCAGAUGCCAUGCCGAGGCGGCCCAGGCGUUUUCAUCGUGUCGUGCCUUGCUUGCUGCUGUGUGCAGCCUCGCUGGGGCAGCUAUUUUUUGAUGUGCUGCACCAGUUGAGCAUCGUGCUGGGCGUGGUCUGGUAUGGUCAGGGGCAGGUGGCCCAGAGGUUCAGCGGAACAGGUCAGCCGACUCGAGGGGAGCCGGAUGCAGAUGGCAAGGCGAAAGCAAGGAGGUUGACAUCCAACCUAAAGCAAGCGACAUCUGCCCAGAAGCUGAGGGAGAUUUUGGAUGAGGCUGUAGAUGACCACAUUUUCAACUUUUUCCAUGCAUCAGCUGCCUACACCCAGCUGGUCACCUUGAAGAGAAGGAAAGGCCUGCAACAAAGGGAGUGGGAUAGCCCAGUGCUUCUCAGGCUGCACGCCCGAGUUGAAGAUAUGGUGCUGGAAGAGCAAGUGGGCGCGCGCGAAACGGCCAAUAUUUUUUGGAGCAUUGCGCAGUUGUCUGGUCGACUUAGCAUUCCGACUCAGCUCCUGGCUGCAUUGGUCAAAUCUGUGCCUACCAAGGUGAAAGGCAUGGAUGAACAAAACCUUUCAAACACUUUGUGGGCCUGCGCCAAGCUCAAGGAGGUUGCGCCCGGGGUUUUGGAGGCAGUGCCGGCCAUUGUGGCCCAGAUCCCUAUCAUAGCAACAGACAUGGUUCAGCAAGCUUUGUCCAACUGUCUCUGGGCAGUGGGGCAGCUCAAGGAUGAAGCGCCGGAAGUACUGGAGGCGGUGCCGGCCAUUGUCAUGCAAAUACCCAAAAAAGCGCAGAAGAUGGUCCCACAAGACUUGUCUAACAACCUGUUGGCAUGUGCACAGCUCAACGAUGAUGUGCCCGAAGUGUCGGACAUGUUGCCCGCAAUUGUUGGGGAAAUCCCUGCAAAGCUCCAAGGCAUGAAACCCCAGGAAAUGUCCAACAGCUUGGAGGCCCUUGUCCUUCUUCGUGAUUCGGUCCCUGAAGUUGGUGGCGUGGAUGACAUCCUGAGUUCUGCGGCGGAACGUUUGAACACUUUACUUCCAAAACUCAGAGGAAAGGACCUCAGUUUCACAGUGCCGGUUGUAGUUUGGGCUUGUGCCAAAGCUGAAGUGUACCAUGGCGAGUUGUUGGGUGCGGUUGCCAGGUGCCUUGGCUCCCGUACCAAACUGUCAGCCUUGCCGGACUUCGGUGUAUGUGCUUUGUCCUGGUCGUAUCAAGUGCUUGACUCCGACGAUGACUUCGAGGACUUCAAGGCGCUGCUGAUGUCCGAAACGGAGAAGAGAGGAUUUAGUGAGGCAGAUGUUCAAAGCUGCCAGCAUGGGCGAUCAGGAUAGAACUAUCGAUAGCUGCCAGAUAUUCCCAGCAAAUCUCGCACUCUGUGGUUUCAGAUCCUUUUGCAUGAAUUGCCUGUGAUGUCAAUGUAUUUUGCUUGGUUCAUGGUUGAUUUUCUGGAAGUUCAUCACGAUUCUUUGGUUGCCC